GUUACUCUAGUAAAGGACACCGGGAGAAGACGGGUGUCUCUAAAUAGUAGUUAAACUUUUUAAUUGUAAAAAGUGUAGCAAAUAGUAGACAAAAGGGAUUUAAGUAGUGUAGAACCAUGGCGGACACCGAGGUCGAUCCGGGGCCCGGGGAAAAGGAGACGAAUAAGCCCCCUAGCCCCAAGCCCGACACUGAGGGGGAAGUGGCCCCUCCACUAGUGUCUACCAAAAAAGAUGACAAGAAGGCAGAUGAGAGGAAGAAGUCAGUGGCAUCCAAGGCCCAACCACCACCUGCCAAGGGUGCUGCCAAGAAGAACGUGAUUCUGACGGGCGAGGCCAUGAAAGAGAUGCAGAAACAGGCACGCCAAGUGCGAGAGGAACGCAAGUCUCAGGUCGAUGCUCGGCACAAGGCAAUCUUCAAACUGGUUGGAGAUGCCCUUGGAUUGGAUGAUGCCCAGGUUGAGGACCACAUCCUGUCUGAUGAGCAGUUUGAGCUGUUUGAGCGAUUCUUUGCCUUGGAUGGGCACCGGAAGCUGAUGUUCUUCUACCAGGAUGUGCAGAAGUCGGGUACUGGUAACCCCACUAAGAAGCUCUUCCUCACCACUGGGGACACAGAGGGUUUGAGAGGCAUGUGCCUGUACUUCCUGCGUACAACCAACAAGGCCAUCACCCCCGCCAACCUGGCCAACGAGGUGAACUUUGGCAUGAUGGACUGCAGCAGUGGCAAGAUACUGAAAGGACUGGAGCGCCAUUUCUCCAACAUCGUCUUGCCCUCCCUGCGCUCAUUGGAGCAAUGGGGAGACAUUGACAACGGCAAGGGCAACAAUGUUCAGAUCGAGGAUUUCCUCGAGCAGCUGGAGAAGUUCAUCAACAACCUGAUGAACGCACUCACCAACAUGGAGGGGCAGAUCACGCUGGAGGAGAACGGCAUCGGCACUGUCAUUGACCACAUUGAGACGCCUGCUGACUAUCAGUCCGUCGCCAGUAACUCUGACUACCUGGAGAAGUUGGAGGGUCUCUGUGACCAGUGGUCACGCCAGAUUGAGCAGGUGCUUGCGGAGAGCGAACAGAUGAGACGGGAGGCAGACGACAUCGGGCCCACCGCUGAACUCAACUACUGGAAGUCCCGCAUGGCCAAGUUUAACAACCUCCUGGAGCAGAUGAAGAGUCCACGUGUGAAGGCUGUUCUUGGAGUGCUGCAGGUGGCGAAGUCCAAGUCGCUACGGCGAUGGAAGGAGCUGGAUGGCUACAUCACUGACUAUGCCAACGAGGCUAAGGACAAUGUCAAGUACUUGUACACUCUCGACAAGUUCUUUGGACCUCUCGUCAAGUGCACCCCGGCCUCAAUGAUAGAGCACAUUCCCAGCCUGAUGAAUGCCAUCCGUAUGAUCUACAGCAUCUCGCAGUACUACAACACAUCUGAGCGCAUGACCUCACUCUUCGUCAAGGUCACUAACCAGAUGAUCACCACGUGCAAGCACUACAUCAUGCAUGAUGUCACCAAGAUAUGGGAGCAUCAAAGACCGGUGGUUCUGAAGCGUCUGAACGAGUGCAUGCAGCUGAAUGAAGAAUACCAGAAACAGUUCCAGAAGACCAAGGAGAGACUCAAGGAAAAACCCAAUGAGAAACAGUUUGAGUUCAGUGAGAACUACAUUUUUGGCAAGUUCGAUACGUUCUGCAAGCGUCUAGAGCGAAUUGCGGACAUGAUCAACACAAUUGAGAAUUUUGCGGGCCUCAGUGAUGUGAAGAUCGAGGGCAUCGACGUGAUUGCCGUCAAGUACAAGACGAUUGUCGACAACGCUCGAAAGAAGAACUAUGAUAUUCUCGACCACAGGAAGGCUGAGUUUGACAAUGACUACCAGGAGUUCCGUUCCCAGAUUGAGAACAUGCGGGGCAUGCUACAAAGCUUCAUGGACACCUGGUUCCAGAGGCCUCUCACGACCGAGAAGGCCAUUGAGCUGCUGAACAAGUUUGAGGCCAUCACCGGCUCGAACCUCGACAUCAAUGAGAAGUACACGAAGGUCAUGGUGAACUACGGCCGCGACCUCGAGUCCAUCCGGAAGCUCUACCAGAAGUUCAAACAGGAUCCAAUCAUUCCCCGGAACCUCCCACCAGUCGCGGGUAAGAUCGCGUGGGCUCGACAGCUCUACCGGAAGAUUGAGGACCCGAUGAAGGCGUUCAAGACGAAGCCUGCAAUCUUGAAAACAGCCGAGGCGAAGAAGAUCGUGAGGAAUUACAACAAGAUGGCUGGUGUACUCAUGGAGUAUGAGAUGCUGUACCACCGUGGUUGGCUGAGGGCCGUGGAGGCCGCCAAGUCGGGCCUGAACGCGUCGCUGCUGAUUCGCCACCCGGACUCAGGCGAGCUCUUCGUGAACUUUGACCCCCAGGUGGUUGAGCUCAUCCAGGAGGCGAAGUACCUUCAGGCCCUCGGGCUUGAGUGUCCGGAGACGGUAAAGGCUCUCAUGACCAAGGAGGAUGAGAUCAAACAGGCCAACGUUGACCUGUCUGAGAUGCUGCGAGAAUACAAAGGUAUCCUGACGGCCAUCUCACCCGUGCUGAUGCCUCUCAUGAAGCCGUAUAAGGAGAAAGCGGAGGAGGAACUCUAUGCUGGAGUGGUCUCCCUUACAUGGACAUCGCUAAACGUCAAGGAGUACAUUGAGAAGAACUACAAGGUGAUGAGAGAGCUGGACAAGCUGUCCAAGACGGUCCACGACAUCCUGGAGUGUCGUAUAGAGGCCGUCCUCGAGGACAUGUCCACCACCGCGCUGUGCGAGCUGCCAGAGGAUGAGGCCGUUACCAUGGAGAAGUUCGUCGACAUCACCACCGAGGUCGUCGAUAUCGCCUCCAAGUACCUCACCAAUCAGAGCCACCUGGUGGAGACUGCCGUGUAUGACCUGGUCUCCCAGCUGCAGGCAGGCCUCGAUGAGAAGGAGCGCAAGGCCCUCAUGUCCGAGGAGAGCUACCAAUGCUACUCGCCAGACACUAAGAACAAGAAGGCCCGCUGCCAGGAGUGCAUCGCCUGCUCCUACUUCCAGCUGCUCAACUAUUUUACCAAUAGAAAUACGGAGGCCCUCGUGAAAGGCACUCGCCUCUCCCUGGAUGCCAUCAAGCGACGUUUGCAGACAUCAAACAAGUACACCAAGGACGAGCGUGACGAUGACCAGAAGGUGCCGCUCUUUAGUGCUGAGAUCGUUCUGCAGAUUCCAAACAUCGUGACGAAACCAAGCUGUGAAGACCUUCAGUCCUCGCUGAAUAAGGCUGUUCAGAUCAUCCUGAAGGCUUCCCAGGACAUUCCUCAGUGGGAGCACUUGAUUAUCCACCAGAGGCAGCAGCAGAAGGACUUACCAUGGAAAAAACAACGAGAACUGGAAGUGGCCGCUAACGAGCAGGCGGAGGAUGGUGGUAUCAUGAAGCCUACGUCUCUGAUCAAGCCUCUUCACAAAAUCAUCAGCGAGCACAAGGAUGUCGUCAAGAUAGUCAUCCAGUUGAACUCCAUCAUCGCCACCUCCAAGGCAGACGUACAGGAAGUUGUGGAUAGCUUCUCUGGGCAUGGGCACCUGUGGGCGAAGAACCCUGAGGAAGCUGUGAAGGAAUUCAUGAACGAUAAACCCAUCCUGACUGAACUGGAGCAGCAGAUCAAAUACUAUCAGCGCCUGGAGCAAGAGCUGGAGGAGAUCCAGCACUCGUACCGCGUAGGCUCAGUGACCUUCAUGACCGACCCCCUGAAGCUUGCGCUGGUCACGGAGGCCCGCAACUGGAAACUGGCCUUCUCCCGCGCACUCAACGAAAAGUGUGCCUCGGACAUGGAUGAGAUACUGGAGUUUACUGAAAGCCAGAUGAAGAAGCUAUCCCGCCAAGUGAAGGACCUGGACGACAUCCGCUCGCACAUGGCCAGCCUCGGAGAAAUACGCGAGGCCUCGAUCCGCAUCGACAUGACCAUAACGCCCAUUGAGGAGGCAUACGCGAUGCUGAACAAGUACAACAUCCUGUUUAACGACGGUAACGCAGAGCGCGUAGACUCGCUGUCAUACGGCUGGAAGAAGCUGAACACUCAGUCACGCGAGGUCCAGGAUCAUCUGCUGAACAUUCAGCCGCAGUUCAAGACCAACCUGCUCAACGGGGUUGAGAAAUUCAUGGCUGACCAGAUGCAUUUUGUUGGCGACUACGAUACUAAAGGCCCGAUGGUCUCCGGUAUCCCACCUCGCGAGGCCUCUGACAGACUCAACAUUUACCAGUCACGCUUUGAUGAGCUCUGGCGCAAGUACAUAACAUACUCUGGCGGCGAGGAGCUGUUCGGUCUGCCUGUGACGCCCUACCCAGAGCUGCAGCGGAUCAAGAAGGAGCUGAACCUACUGCAGAAGCUCUACCAGUUGUACAACGUGGUGCUGGAGAACGUGAAUGGCUACUUUGACAUACCCUGGCUGGAUAUUGACAUCGAGAAGAUAAACAACGAAAUACUGGACUUCCAGAACAAGUGCCGCAAGCUUCCAAAGGCUCUGAAGGAAUGGCAGGCCUACGAGGAGUUGAAGAAGACCAUAGAUGACUUCAACGAGACCUGCCCCCUUCUGGAGAUGAUGGCCAACAAGGCAAUGAUGCCGCGCCACUGGGAGCGUCUUGCUCAGAUCACCGGGCAUUCAUUCGAUGUCGAGGCUGACAACUUCCUGUUGAGGAACAUCAUGGAGGCCCCACUGUUGAAGAACAAGGAAGAUAUUGAGGACGUGUGUAUCUCCGCCGUGAAAGAGAAGGACAUUGAGGCCAAGCUAAAGGUGGUGGUCAAUGAUUGGAGUGUGCAGACGUUGCAGUUCUCCAACUUCAAGGCUAGGGGAGAGCUCCUACUCAAGGGUGAUACGACUGGUGAGACUGUGGCCCUGAUGGAAGACAGCUUGAUGGUCCUGGCUGGUCUGCUUAGUAACAGAUACAACGCCCCAUUCAAGCCCAAGAUUCAGGAGUGGGUACAAAAGUUGACUGGUACAACGGAGAUCAUUGAGAACUGGCUCAUCGUGCAGAACCUCUGGAUCUACCUGGAGGCCGUCUUCGUCGGUGGUGACAUCGCCAAGCAACUGCCUCAGGAGGCCAAGCGGUUCAGCAACAUCGACAAGUCCUGGCUGAAGAUCAUGCAGCGAGCUCACGAGCAGCCCAACGUGGUGAUGUGCUGUGUGGGGGAUGACACCAUGAUGCAGCUGCUGCCCCAUCUGCUGGAACAGCUCGAGAUCUGUCAGAAGUCUCUGACGGGAUAUCUGGAAAAGAAGCGCCUCGUCUUCCCUCGAUUCUUCUUCGUGUCUGAUCCCGCCCUCCUGGAAAUCCUGGGUCAGGCUAGUGACUCCCACACCAUUCAGAACCAUCUUCUGAGCGUGUUUGACAACACACGUCUGGUGACAUUUGAUGAGAAGGUCUAUGAUAAAAUCCUCGAGAUCAACUCUCAGGAAGGUGAAACUGUCCGCCUGGAUAACCCUGUACUGGCACAGGGUAACGUGGAGAACUGGCUUGGAGAACUUCUGAACACAGGCAAGAAAUCCAUGCACAGUGUGAUCCGCCAGUCUAGUAUCGCCAUCGGAGACCCGUCCUUCAACUUGAUCGAGUUUGAAAAUGAUUACCCUGCUCAGGUCGGCCUUCUGGGUAUCCAGAUGAUCUGGACACGUGACGCUGAGGACGCGCUGACACAGGCGCGCAAUGACAAGAAGGUGAUGAUAAACGCCAACCAGAAGUUCCUGGACAUGCUCAACAUGCUCAUCGACAUGACGACCACAGACCUAAAGAAGAUUGAGAGGACCAAGUACGAGACCCUGAUUACCAUCCACGUGCAUCAGAAGGACAUCUUUGAUGAUCUGGUAAAGAUGCACAUCCGGUCCCCAGGAGACUUCGAGUGGCUGAAGCAGUCCCGCUUCUACUUCGUGGAGGACACAGACAAGUGUAAGAUCUCCAUCACGGACGUAGACUUCACCUACCAGAACGAGUUCCUGGGAUGCACAGAGCGUCUUGUCAUUACACCACUUACUGACAGAUGUUACAUCACCCUUGCCCAGGCCCUGGGGAUGUCCCUUGGAGGAGCCCCAGCGGGCCCCGCAGGCACGGGCAAGACUGAGACCACUAAGGACAUGGGGCGCUGUCUCGGCAAGUAUGUCGUCGUCUUCAACUGCUCUGACCAGAUGGACUUCAGAGGACUCGGACGUAUUUACAAAGGCCUGGCCCAGUCUGGCUCCUGGGGCUGCUUUGAUGAGUUCAACCGUAUUGAGCUCCCUGUGCUGUCUGUGGCCGCCCAGCAGAUAGCCAUCGUCCUGCUGUGCAAGAAGGAGCGCAAAUCCUCGUUCAUCUUCACAGACGGUGAUAAUGUUGACAUGGACAUGGAGUUUGGAAUCUUCUUGACCAUGAAUCCCGGAUACGCUGGCAGACAGGAGCUACCGGAGAACUUAAAGAUCAAUUUCCGCACAGUGGCCAUGAUGGUGCCGGAUAGAGCUAUCAUCAUCCGUGUGAAACUGGCCUCGUGCGGUUUCCAGCAGAACAUCAUCCUGGCUAAGAAGUUCUUCACGCUGUACAAACUGUGCGAGGAGCAGCUUACCAAACAGGUGCACUAUGACUUUGGUCUGAGGAACAUCCUGUCUGUACUGCGUACCCUGGGAGCAUUCAAGCGCGCCAAUCCCAAUGACCCUGAGCCUGUAUGUGUCAUGAGAGUCCUGCGUGACAUGAACCUCUCCAAGCUUGUCGAUGAAGACGAGCCUCUGUUUAUGUCGCUGAUUGAUGACUUGUUCCCUGGUAUCACCCUGGACAAGGCAGGGUAUCCAGAAAUGGAGGCAGCUAUUGAGAAAAAGGUGUCCGAGGGGGGGCUAAUCAACCACGCCCCAUGGGUGUUGAAGCUGAUCCAGCUGUUUGAGACCCAGCGCGUGCGUCACGGCAUGAUGACCCUUGGGCCCAGCGGUGCGGGUAAAACCAAGUGCAUCCACACGCUGAUGAAGGCUAUGACGGAGUGCGGCGAGCCCCACAAAGAGAUGAGGAUGAACCCAAAGGCCAUCUCCGCCCCACAGAUGUUCGGGCGUCUUGAUGUGGCCACCAAUGACUGGACCGACGGUAUCUUCUCCACCCUGUGGAGACGAACCCACAAGACAAAGAAGGGUGAGCACGUAUGGCUGCUCCUGGACGGCCCAGUAGACGCCAUCUGGAUUGAGAACCUCAACUCUGUCCUUGACGACAACAAGACCUUAACCUUGGCCAACGGUGACCGUAUCCCCAUGGCACCAAACUGCAUCAUCUUCGAGGUGCACAACAUCGACAACGCCUCACCCGCCACUGUCUCCAGGAACGGCAUGGUGUUCAUGAGUAGCUCCAUACUGGACUGGAACCCCAUUCUGAAAGGCUGGCUGCUGACACGACCCAUGGGUCAACAGGACACCAUAUUUACAGUGUUUGAACAGCUCUUCUCCACCCUCUACACAAACAUCGUUCAGUUCAUGGAACCGAAAAUGGAGGUGCUGCAGUGCAACUACGUUCGCCAGGCCAUUGACCUGCUGGAGGGGCUGAUACCUCGCCGUGACGACAACAAGGAUAUCGCCAAGGACCACCUGGAGAAGCUCAUCCUGUUUGCCCUCAUGUGGUCCCUAGGGGCCCUGCUGGAGCAGGUUGACCGGAAGAAGGUGGAGGACCUGAUUCGCCAGAACAGCUCUGUGCCACUGCCCAAUUGCCAGGGGGAGGACACGAUAUUCGAGUACGUGGUUUCCGAGAAUGGUGAGUGGGAGCACUGGUCUAGCAGAGUGCCAUUGUACGAGUAUCCUGACUCAGAGAUCCCUGAGUACACUGGUAUCCUCGUGCCCAACGUGGACAACGUGCGAACCGACUUUCUCAUAGAGACCAUCUCCAAACAAAGCAAGUGUGUCUUGCUGAUCGGUGAACAGGGUACGGCCAAGACGGUGAUGAUCCAAGGCUUCUGCAGUAAAUACAACCCAGAGAUGCACAUGUUCAAGAGCUUCAACUUCUCCAGCGCCACAACCCCAGGCAUGUUCCAGCGCACCAUCGAGGGCCUCGUGGACAAACGCAUGGGCACCACGUACGGACCGCCAGGCGGCAAGAAGAUGACCGUCUUUGUGGACGACAUCAACAUGCCUGUUAUUAACAACUGGGGUGAUCAGAUCACCAACGAAAUCACACGUCAGAUGAUUGAGUGGAAGGGCUUCUACAAUCUUGAGAAGCCCGGAGAGUUCACAAACAUUGUCGACAUCCAGAUGAUGGCUGCCAUGAUCCACCCUGGUGGUGGCCGUAACGACAUCCCUCAGCGCCUCAAGAGACACUUUAAUGUCUUCAACUGCACGCUGCCCUCAAACUCUUCCAUCGACAAGAUCUUUAGGACGAUUGGAUGUGGAUACUUUAUCAAGAAACGAGGCUUUCCAGAGGAGGUGACGGAGAUGAUAAACAACCUGGUGCUGGCCACACGCAAGAUCUGGCAGCGCACCAAGGUCAAGAUGUUGCCUACACCGGCCAAGUUCCACUACGUGUUUAACCUGAGAGAUCUCAGUAGGAUCUGGCAGGGAAUGUUGAACUGUACAUCCGAGAUCGUCACCAACAUUGGGACACUGAUGUCGCUAUGGAAACACGAAUGCUUCCGUGUCAUUGCUGACAGAUUCACUGAAAUGGCAGACAAGGAUUGGUUUGAAAAGAACAUCAAACCGGUGGCGGAGGAGGAAUGUGGGCUGGCUGCAGCCACAGACAUGGCCAUGGAACCUUACUUCGUAGACUUCCUUAGGGAGGCACCUGAACCCACUGGUGAGGAGGGCGAAGACGCUGACCUGGAUGCACCAAAGAUUUACGAGCCAAUCGUGUCUCUGGAAUCCCUAGCAGAUAAACUCAACAUGUACAUGGAGCAGUACAAUGAGACGGUCCGUGGAGGAAAGAUGGACCUUGUGUUCUUCAAGGACGCGAUGACCAACCUGGUGAAGAUCUCUCGUGUGAUCCGCACGCCUCGAGGUCAUGCUCUGCUCGUGGGUGUGGGAGGCUCAGGCAAGCAGUCCCUGACCAGACUGGCAUCCUUCAUUGCCACCUACAAGACGUUCCAGAUCACACUGUCCAGAUCAUACAAUGUGAGCAACCUGAUGGAGGACCUCAAGGGCCUGUACCGCAUGGCAGGUCAGCAGGGUAAGGGCAUCACGUUCCUGUUCACAGACCAGGAGAUCAAGGACGAGGCCUUCCUGGAGUACAUGAACAACAUCCUGAGCUCUGGAGAGGUGUCUGGCUUGUUUGCCCGAGAUGAGAUGGAUGAGAUUCUCAACGAGCUGAUUGGACCAAUGAAGAAGGAUUUCCCACGACGACCACCAUCAAAUGAGAACCUGUACGAAUACUACCUGAGUCGAUGCAGGCAGAAUCUCCAUCUUUGCCUUUGCUUCUCUCCAGUUGGAGAGAAGUUCAGAUCGCGCUCGCUGAAGUUCCCUGGGCUGAUUUCCGGCUGCACCAUGAACUGGUUCCAGCGCUGGCCCAAGGACGCCCUGAUUGCUGUAUCAAACCACUUCCUGUCCAGCUACAACAUCGUGGCCACGCCCGCUGUCAAGACGGCCGUCGUCAACACCAUGGGUAUCUUCCAGGACCUGGUGGCAGAGCAGUGUAUCGAGUAUUUCCAGAGGUACCGUCGUCAGACAUAUGUGACUCCCAAGUCGUACCUGUCGUUCAUCGCAGGCUACAAGGACAUCUACAGCCAGAAGAGAGGGGAGAUCGGAAUACUGGCUGAGAGAAUGAACACUGGUCUGAAGAAGCUGGUAGAAGCCUCUGAAUCUGUGAACGAGCUCUCUAAACAGUUAGCGGUGAAAGAAAAAGAGUUGGCUGUAGCCUCCAAGAAAGCCGAUGGUGUCCUGGCAGAAGUGACUGUUAGUGCCCAGGCGGCUGAAAAGGUCAAGGCCCAGGUCCAAGUGGUCAAGGACAAGGCUCAGGCCAUCGUAGAUGCCAUCAAUGCUGACAAGGUAGUUGCUGAGGCGAAGCUGGAGGCGGCCCGUCCCGCCCUUGAAGAGGCAGAGGCUGCACUGCAGACUAUUAAACCAGCCCACAUCGCAACUGUGCGCAAGCUGGCCAAGCCCCCCCACCUGAUCAUGCGUAUCAUGGACUGCGUGCUGCUGCUGUUUCAAAAGCGUGUGAACACAGUACAGAUGGACCCUGAGCGACCGUGCGUGCAGCCGUCCUGGUCCGAGGCCCUCAAGCUCAUGUCCAGCGGUGGCUUCCUCCAGGGUCUCAUGAACUUCCCUAAGGACACCAUUAACGGUGAGACGGUAGAGUUGCUGGCCCCAUACCUGUCCAUGGAGGACUAUAACAUGGAGAGCGCCAAGAAAGUGUGCGGUGAUGUUGCAGGUCUUGCAUCCUGGACCAAGGCCAUGAGCUUCUUUUACAGCAUCAACAAGGAAGUCCUGCCUCUGAAGGCAAACUUGGCAGUUCAAGAGGCCAAGCUGUCGGUGGCCAUGUCAGACUUGAACCAGGCGCAGGCUCAGUUAGAUGAUAAGAACCGAGAGCUGGCAGCCGUCAUGGCCAUGUAUGAUGCUGCCAUGGCUGAGAAACAGGCGCUGGUAGAAGACGCAGAAGCAUGCAGACGUAAGAUGACCAAUGCAACCGCUCUGAUCGAGGGUCUCGGAGGUGAGAGGGUGCGCUGGACCGCAGCCAGUAAGGGGUUUGAGUCCCAAAUUCAGCGCCUGGUAGGGGACGUGCUGCUCAGUACGGGCUUCCUCUCGUACUGUGGCCCCUUCAACCAGGAGUUCCGCACCCUGCUGAGCAAGACUUGGAAGAAGGAGAUGAUGAAUGCCAAGAUCCCGUUCUCUGACGACCUUGAUGUUGUGAAGCUCCUAGUAGACAACGCGACGAUCAGCGAGUGGAACCUGGAAGGGCUGCCCAACGACGACCUCUCGAUCCAGAAUGGUCUGAUCGUGACGAAGGCAUCCCGGUACCCCCUAUUGAUCGAUCCCCAGGGCCAGGGGAAGAUCUGGAUCAAGAACCGCGAGGCCAAGAAAGAGCUACAGUUGACAUCAUUGAACCACAAGUACUUCCGAUCCCACCUGGAGGACGCCCUGUCCCUGGGGCGGCCCCUGAUUAUAGAGGAUGUGGGGGAGGAGCUGGACCCCGCCCUUGAUAACGUGCUCGAGAAGAACUUCAUCAAGAGUGGCUCUACUUUCAAGGUGAAAGUGGGUGACAAGGAGGUUGACAUCAUGAAGGGAUUCAUGCUGUAUAUCACCACGAAGCUGGGCAACCCAAGGUACACCCCUGAGAUAUCUGCCAGGACCUCCAUUGUGGACUUCACUGUAACCAUGAAGGGACUGGAGGACCAGUUGCUAGGUGUUGUCAUCCUUACUGAGAAACAGGAACUGGAGCAAGAGCGCACGCACCUUCUGGAGGAGGUGACAGCAAACAAGCGCAAGAUGCAAGAGUUGGAGGACAACUUGCUGUACCGCCUCACGUCCACCGAGGGCUCCCUGGUAGAGGACGAGUCUCUAAUCGAGGUGCUCUCCACCACCAAACGUACCGCCGAGGAGGUCAGCGAGAAACUCAAGAUCGCAGCGGAGACCGAGAUCAAGAUCAACACAGCACGAGAGGAGUUCAGGCCUGUGGCAAACCGCGGUAGCAUCAUGUACUUCUUGAUCGUUGAGAUGAGCAUUGUGAACGUCAUGUACCAGACCUCCCUCAGACAAUUCCUGCAACUCUUCGACAAUUCCAUGUCCCGUUCCCAGAAAUCCCCGAUCACCGCCAAGCGCAUACAUAACAUAAUUGAGUACCUCACGUUUGAAGUAUUCGCCUACACCGCCCGAGGUCUAUUUGAGGCCGACAAAUUCCUCUUCACGAUCCUGAUGACGUUGAAAAUUGAGAUGAACCAGAACCGCAUUUCUCACUCUGAGUUCCAGUGCUUCAUCAAGGGUGGUGCUGCGCUCGAUCUAAAUGCCGUGGAGCCAAAGCCGAAGAAGUGGAUCCUGGAUAUGACCUGGCUGAACCUUGUUGAGCUCAGCAAGCUUACCCAGUUUUCACAGAUCUGUGCCCAAGUCGGCAGGAAUGACAAGAACUGGAAGGCGUGGUUUGACGAGGAUGCCCCCGAGGAGGUCGCCAUUCCUGACGGCUACUCUACCACCCUUGACAGCUGGCGCAAGCUGCUCCUGAUCCGAGCCUGGUGCCCGGACAGAGCCAUACCCAUGGCAAGGAAGUACAUCUCUGAGGCUUUGGGACCCAGGUUCGCGGAGGCAGUGAUCCUCAAUAUGGAGGAGAUGCAUAAAGAGUCUACCAAGAGGGCGCCUCUUAUCUGCUUCCUAACGAUGGGCUCCGACCCCACAGAGAACAUCAUGUUGCUCGCCAAGAAACUCAACAUACAGUGCAGCGCAAUCUCCAUGGGUCAAGGUCAGGACGUGCAUGCGCGCAGGCUGCUCCAGGUCUCCAUGGCAGAGGGCAAGUGGGUGCUCCUACAGAACUGCCAUCUUGGGCUGGACUUCAUGGAUGAGCUCCUGGACACAGUUACAACCACUGAGUCCGUACACGAUGCGUUCCGUUGCUGGCUGACAUCAGAGGAGAACCAGAAGUUCCCUAUCAACCUGCUGCAGUCAUGCAUCAAGUUCACCAACGAGCCGCCACAGGGGGUCAAGGCUGGACUCAAGAGAACUUACGCUCUUGUCACCCAGGAGCAACUGGAGUACAGCAACCUGCCUCAGUGGAAGCCGAUGCUGUAUGGUGUAGCCUUCCUUCACACAACGGUGCAGGAACGCAGAAAGUUUGGCCCGAUUGGCUGGAACAUACCAUACGAGUUCAACCAAUCGGAUUUCACUGCCACAGUGCAGUUUGUUCAGAACCAUCUGGAUGAUGUUGAUCCAAAGAAGGGUGUGUCGUGGACAACAGUGCGCUACAUGAUUGGAGAGGUGCAGUACGGAGGUCGUGUCACUGAUGAUUACGACAAGCGUCUCCUCAACACGUACGCUCGUGUCUGGUUCAGUGAAGCCAUGUUUGCUGACACAUUUGCCUUCUACACGGGUUACAAGAUACCAAAAUGCAAGAAUCUGACCGAGUAUGUGGGUUACAUUGAAAGUCUGCCACUGUCAGACAGCCCGGAGGCUUUUGGACUUCACUCCAAUGCAGACAUCACCUAUUCUACGAACACUGCCAAUCGCAUGUUAGAGACGAUUGUGAACAUCCAGCCCAAGGACGCUGGUGGUGGCGGUGGUGAGACCCGUGAAAGUGUCGUCUACAAGUUGGCAGACGACAUGCUAGAGAAACUGCCACAGGACUACAUUGCUCAUGAGGUGAGAGAGCGCCUCCGUAAGAUGGGUCACCUGCAGCCAAUCAACAUCUUCCUGCGCCAGGAGAUCGACCGCAUGCAGCGGGUCAUCACGAGGGUGAGACUCGACCUGAAGGACCUGAAGCUUGCCAUCGAUGGUACCAUCAUCAUGAGUGAGAACUUGAGGGAUGCGCUCGAUAACAUGUUUGAUGCUCGCGUGCCCACAUCGUGGAAAAAGAUAUCCUGGGAGUCUGCAACUCUCGGUUUCUGGUUCACCGACCUCCUGGACCGCAACCAGCAGUUCCACACGUGGCUGUUUGAGGGCCGUCCCACCACUUUCUGGAUGACCGGAUUCUUCAAUCCCACUGGCUUCCUGACUGCCAUGAGACAAGAGAUAACGCGUGCCCACAAGGGCUGGGCCCUCGACUCUGUGAUACUUGACAAUGAGGUCACCAAGAUGAUGAAGGAAGAUGUCCACAGUCCUCCAAAUGAAGGUGUGUACAUCUACGGGCUGUACCUGGACGGUGCCGGUUGGGAUCGUAGAAACGCUCGCCUCAUCGAGCCCACGCCCAAGGUCCUGUACACGCCCAUACCGGUGGUGCACGUUUUUGCAACCAACGUGGAGAAGGGGCCGUCCCAGACCAUCUACAUGUGCCCUGUGUACAAGAAGCCCAAGCGAACUGACCUGACAUACAUCUUCCCACUCCAACUGAAGACUAACAAGAAUCCCGAUCACUGGACCCUGCGAGGUGUGGCUCUGCUUUGUGACACAAAGUAAAUCUGUGGCGUGCCCAAGGAAUGUGAACUGAGUUGCUUUACUGUGUGAUAAAAAAGGGAUAUGAAGUUGGGCAUGGAUACUUUUAAUGUACUCUUUGUGACAAUUUAAAAUUGGUUUCCAUCAUACUUCAGUCAUGAACUUUACAAAAAAUGAGAUUUUGUGCUUGUUUACAGCGUUAUUGUCUGCUUUUUUCUUCAAGGUUUGCAUGGUUUAUUAUAUAAAGCAUGUUUUUUGGUGUUUUUUAAAUCCAAAUUGUAUGUAUGACAGUAUUAACUUGAUUGGCGUGGAUUGUUGUUCCAUGAACUAUGACUUUGUUGUUAUUUUUCCAAAAACUAAAUGUGAGUUAUGAUAUACAAUUAUAAGUAAACCUGUUUAAUACAUUAUUUUAUUGUUAUUAUCAGUGAUAGCGACAAUCCUUCCAUUGCGUUUUGCCGUCCAACCAUUUUUGGUAUGCAAUGAUAUAUCCAACUGGAAUUUUUGUGAUAUGAGGUUUGAAAAUAUUUUAUAGCAUACUUUGUAUAUAUAUAUAUAUAUAUAUAUAUAUAUAUAUAUAUAUAUAUAUAUAUAUAUAUAUAUAUAUAUAUAUAUAUAUAUAUUAUAUUAUUAACUUUUCCGAUUUACACUACAGUAUUUAAGCUGAUUAAAGUGAUGUACUAUUUUAUUUAUAUUGUGAUUUGUUUUUUUUCAUUUACAAGUUUGUGAUAUAUUGUUUUUCAUGUGCUUGGUUUGAAAUGUGAUUAUUUUCCAUAUAUUUGUCGAAUAAUGUACAAUCUAUUACUAUGCAUUUAUUGGUUUUGUUUUUUUUAUUUGUGUAUUACCUGCUAUUCUUUUGAAGACAAACGUUUCUGAAAUGUUGCUCUUUUCCUUUACAAUUGUAAAUAUAAUAAUUUAAUAAACUUCCAUUAUUGAAAAAAAAAUCUUAAAAAGUUUUAAAACAAUUUGUAUACUUUCUACUGUAAACAAAUAUGUGUCUGUUAUUAACAGGAUUUCUCAAUAUAAAGAACAUCCUAAUGUUUUAUUUGAAAAGAAACUGUUUGAUAGGGACAUUUUAGUACUUUCCUGAUGUUUAUGCAUUUAUGUUUACAAAUACUUGUGUUUUUUGUGUGGAUGUGCUGUGAAGAAUUUAAACAGAGAAAAUCUAUUAAUAAUAGUAAUUUAUUUUAGGUAUUAGAUUCCAUUCUUUAGAUAUAAGAUGGCUGGACAUUUGAAAUUAUAUAUAUUUUUGUUCCUGGUUACAAGUUGUUGAUUCAGAUAAAUAUAUACAUGUUAAUAUAAUUCCAAAAUAAAGUGAUUUUCAACUA